AAACCGCAAUAUUACUCCAUCACUCGAACUCUGAUCCGAAACCAAAAAAUCCACCUCUUUUCGCAAGCACUUGCGCCACUCGCAAGUCGCAAGCCAAAAAUCACCUCACUGUUUCCAUGGAACUCUCCUCAAUCUCAGCUUCUCUCCUCCUCAUCCUCCCUCUUCUACCGCUUCUCUACUUCCUCUACCUGCACCAGGACCCCAAGAAGCAGCCUCGUGCCCAUGGACUCAAGUCCUACCCUGUCGUUGGCACUCUGCCGCACUUCAUCAAGCACAAGAAUCACAUCCUCGAGUGGUCGGCCGGCGUCCUAAAGCGCAGCCCCAUGCACACCAUGUCGUUCAAGGCGCUUGGCCUCACCGGCGGCGUCUUUACGGCCAACCCGGCCAACGUCGAACACAUGCUCAAGACUAACUUUGGUAACUAUGUCAAGGGUGAGGCCAUCAUCACCAUGCUCGAGGACUUCCUUGGCCGCGGCAUCUUCAACUCCGACGGCGAGAAGUGGCUGUGGCAACGGAAGGCCACCAGCUACGAGUUCAGCAAGCGCACGCUGAGGAACUUCGUGGUGGACACCGUUCAGUUCGAGGUCAUCGAGAGGCUUCUGCCGCUGCUGGAGCGAGCGGGACGCGACGGCCGGACGCUGGACGUGCAGAGCGUGCUCGAGCGCUUCGCGUUCGACAACAUCUGCCGUGUGGUGUUCGACGAGGACCCGGCGUGCCUGGCCAAGGACAGCGUGGCCUCGCCCCACAUCGCGGAGUUCAUGGGCGCGUGCAACGACGCGCAGAACGCCAUCUUGGCCCGGUUCAAUUCGCCGAUCAAGUCACUGUGGCGAGUCAAGAGGCUAUUCAACAUAGAGUCGGAAAGGCGGUUGCGGGAGGCGCUCGCCACGAUCCAUGCGUACACCGACCGGAUCAUCCGGGAGCGCAGGGAGAGAGGGGAGGCACGCGGUGACGACUUCCUGUCGCGCUUUGCCGCGGGCGACAAGCACAGCGACGAAAGCCUCCACGACGUGAUCACCAACCUCGUCCUCGCCGGGCGCGAGACAACGGCGUCGGCGCUAACCUGGUUUUUCUGGUUGGUAUCCGGCCGUCCCGAUGUUGAGGACAAUAUAGUGCGCGAGAUCCGCGCGGUACGGCGUGCGUCCUCGAGCAACGGGGUCACAAGCGGCGCGGCGUUCAGCCCCCAUGAGCUGCGCGACAUGCACUACCUGCACGCGGCCAUCACCGAGUCCAUGCGGCUUUACCCGCCGGUGUCCCUCGACACGUACGUCUGCAAGGAGGAAGACUUCCUUCCGGACGGCACGUUCGUCGGGAAAGGAUGGCAGGUGACGUACUGCGCGUACGCCAUGGCGAGGGUGGAGGACAUCUGGGGCACGGACUGCGAGGAGUUCAGGCCGGAGCGGUGGCUGGACGAGGCGGGCGUGUUCCGGCCGGAGAGCUCGUUCAAGUACCCGGUGUUCCACGGCGGGCCGAGGAUGUGCCUCGGCAAGGAGAUAGCCUACAUACAGAUGAAGUCCAUCGUGUCGUGCGUGUUCGACAGGUUCACACUCCGGUACACCGGCGGCGAGGGGCAUCCGGGGCUCGUCACCUCGCUGGCGCUGCGCAUGGAGGGUGGCUUGCCGAUGCAAGUACUCCUAACCAAUAGGGGGCAAGCAGUGUCGUGCUAGGCCAGCUGUUCUCGACGACUUCAUUAGUCCUGCUUUUGUUGCGUCGCUCUCGGCUCUCGCCUGUUCUUCUACUGUUAGUCCUUUUAUCUUCUCCGAACUACGAAUUGUUCACAUUUCUGGGAGCUAGCAUGAGUUGCAUACUGCUGUGCUUGGCUCUGCCAUACUAAUACUAGUGGAUUUUAAACCUCGAGGGAA